UCCAUGUGCGCGAAAUCAUAAGCCAUGCAACGGAUAGCAUCGCAGCUUUCACUACAGGCACGCGGAGUUCCAGCAGGUAUGCAAGUGCGGUUGAAGGGGUCGCCGGCCACCGAGUCCCACUACUCCCGGGGCAAUUCGAAGGCAGUCACGCGAGUCUAUGCCGCAUCCGUCACCGAAGGCCAUCUGCAGAAAAGCUAUCCUCCGAGACGGCAGGCAUCCUACUCCAAUAAUGCGAGUUCGGAGGGGCAGCGGCCGCUUCAAAUGGCAUGUGCUCGCGUGCCUGGCCAUCGUCGUUGGUGGCAGAGCAAGUGGAAUUGACCCAUCUGCCGUCUGCAGACUGCACAAAAGUUUUCCAGGGGGAGAACGUUUUCAGGGCGCAUUCUCGCUUGCAAAGCUUCAGAACUUCCGGAGCGGGUCGAUGGAUGACUGGAUGUUGGACGUUGAUACCUUCCGACGAUGCCCCGCCAAGCCGCAUGUCUUGAUGUUACAUAUGCGUCUUGUUUCCGAAGCCCCGCUCAACCCAUACGAAAUCUGUACGAAAAAGACGAAGUUUUCUGCUAUGUCCCAGGCUAUGGGGUCGACACAGAAGUCGGGGGAACGGGGCACUGGGGCAGAAUCUGUGACGCUUUUACUAGGUCCCCGAGUGUGUGCGUAUCGGCGAGUUGUACUCUGCUUCUGGAAAGGACAGUCAAAAAAUGGCUCGCGCCGGACUCAUCACUCUCCACUGCCUUUAUCGAACCUCUUCCAGACAUCGUUUCCACCAAGCUAGAGAAGUCGUCAAAUGUUAGGAUACGCCCACAUAUGGCGUUCUCGUCUGCCUUCGCACCUU